AACAGAGAGCUCUUAUACUUUUGCUUCCGGGUCAAGUUUCGACAACAAACGUGAAGUGUUCCUAAUAAUUUUCUAUUUUCUACCUGUCGUAAUUUACAGAAAUGUCAGAAAGAAAAGUUUUAAACAAAUACUAUCCUCCGGAGUUUGAUCCAUCAAAGAUACCCAAGCUUAAGCAGCCAAAGAAUAGGACUUUUAGCAUCCGAAUCAUGGCGCCUUUUAAUAUGAGGUGUAAUACUUGUGGUGAGUACAUUUACAAAGGCAAGAAAUUCAAUUCAAGAAAAGAAAACGUUGAUGAUGAAGAUUAUCUUGGUUUGCGAAUAUUCAGGUUUUACAUCAAAUGUCCAAGAUGUGUGGCUGAAAUUGCAUUUAAAACAGACCUGGCUAACACAGAUUAUGCUCUGGAAGCUGGGGCAACUAGACUUUUCGAAGCUGAAAAGAUGGCACACCAAAUGGCAGAGAAAGAAAGAAAAGAAAAAGAGGAAGAUGAACUAAAUCCAAUGAAAGUGUUGGAGAACCGCACCAAGGCCAGCCGGAAUGAGAUGGAACAGAUAGAUCAGCUGGAGGAGCUGCGGGAAAUGAAUGCUAGACAUGCCCGUGUGGACCAUGAGAAUAUGCUCCAGCAGCAUAUGGCUUAUGAGGAGCAACUGCUAAAGCUGCAAGAACAAGAAGAAGAUAAGCUUGUUCAAGAAAUACUCAGAAAAGGUAGCUCAAGCAAAAUAGUGAAAAGAAUUGAUGAAGAUGACAGUGAUGAAGAAAGAAAUUUACUGGCCAAGAAAGCAAGACAGGAACAGAUUGUUUCAGCCAAGCCAACAGACCUUCUAGCUGCUGAAAUCAAGCAAGAGGAUAAGAAGAAACCAGCAUGGGAGCGAAGUGUUGGCUCUUUUUCCAGCAAGUCAUCACUCUCUGGCUUGGUGAAGAGGAAGUCUGCUGUCAAGACAGAAACAUGUGGAUCAGCUUCAUCAUCAACAGAUACCACCACUACCCCUAUAAAUGCGGAUUUAUCCCUGCCUGAUACCAAGCCUGAUCAAGUGGUCAGUACAGAGCAACAUUGUGAAGUUAAGCCUAGUGUAAGCUUAGGUCUAGGCCUGCUGGGAGAGUACUCUGAUUCUAGUAGUGGGGAUGAUGUACGAUAACUGCAAUUAAUUCUUUUACCUGAUGUACCUAAAUGCAAGCCUUUAGAAUUUUAUUACUGUUGUCUUGAUGAGGGCAGUAUUUGAAAUGCCAUGUAAUCACCGAUGUAGUAUUAAUCAAGGUGGUGAAUAUUUUACUGUCUGUGACAACAGGACAUCCAUCACUAAUGGUUCUAGUUUUAAGUUAUGAACUUCAAUUUUAAUUCAGAAACAAUACACUUGAAGAAAUAAAGGCUGGUUAAUUAAUUUAGAAAAAAAAAGUUGAAGCAACAUUAAAUUCUCAACAAAUUAAGUUCCAUGAAUAAAUUUAGGCAUGCCAUUUUUAACGUAUAAGUGAAUUUUAGACCAAUCUGCUUUUCAAUUAGCAGUAGCUAUCAUCUUGUUUAAAGAUGGAUGUGUUUAAUUUUAUCUGGUUUUAAACUAGUUUUUUAAAUAAACCACCAGGAUGCUGCCUUGUACAAUGCAGCAUAUAAAACUGAAAUGUAUCUAGGAAUAUUGCUACAUAAGCUUUUAUCAGUCAUGUUUAUUUGUAAAUGGUUUUUGUGAACUCUUCUUCCAAUAUUUUAUUUGUAACUUCUUUUAAUGUCUUUUAAUGACAGAAUGUAUUGUAUAUUUUAGUAAAUGAACACACACUUUAA